AACCUGUGUAAUCAAGUGUGGUCAGUUGUUGUGAGUAGGCUCUCAGAUGGUGGAGAACAAUUCGAUGUACGAAUUGACGUGCUUUGCAAUUUGGAAUUUUUGUUCGUACGUGUCCUUAGUCGCUUCUUCCAGCCGUUUAGCGGUCGUUUCAACGACACUGAAGAUCAUAAUAUAGAAAUAAAAUGUUGGAAGCGGUGCCUUUGCCCAGUGAGUGGGCUGCGAACACGUAUAACAAUAAGCCAUACUGUCUGGUAAAGCUUUCAAAAUAUUCCUCACGCGACAUCAACGAAUACAUAAAAGUCGAAAAUUAUUUCGACAAUUAUCUUGUUGUAAAAAUCGAACGCGUACAAAAUCCGUACCAGUACGGAAAAUAUCUACUUUAUAGACUGCAAAUGAAUAAUCCUUCAGAGAAAAUCUACUUUAUGCCACUGAAGAGUCCAGAGAAGCUGGAAGUAGCACUGCGUUUCAAUUGUGAUUAUCGGAGGCUGAAUUAUAGCUAUGACAUGUUUUUUUCUUCUGUAUCCACUGCAGAAUCUUACUCUGCAUCAUACAACAAAAUGAUAGUUAUGCAAGGUCUCGUGGGUUAUACUAAUUACGAUGCAGGUCGCUACCCAAAAUAUGUUGUAACAUAUGAAAACAACUAAUUCGAACAAGUAUAUCAAACCUCCCAAUAGGUUUGUUUGGUUUUUUCUCAUUUUUAAACAACUUUCUAUAAAGAAGAAAACAACAAAAGAAGUAACAGUAGAGUAGAAGUAGAGAGUAGAAAAAUUUUAAUA